AUGGAGUGCGACGAUAUAUCGAGCGAUGGACUCGCGACGGCGGUGGAGGCGUGCGAGCGAUGGCGCGACGAGGGACGGGGGGAGGCGGCGGCGGACGUCGCGCGCGGCUUGGCGAAAACCGCCGCGGCGUUGGACGCGGCGAAGCGCGAGGCGGAGGGCACGGCGGAGGCGAUCGAACGAGAGUUGGCGCGAUCGAACGCGAACGGUGGUGAGGAGCGAAUUGUUCGGGGAGAUUCGGCGAUGGAGACGGAUGAUGGGGCGGAGGAAGAGACGGGCGCGCGCGCGUCGGCGGCGACGGAGGAGAAGGACGGCGUCGCGCCGGGCGCGAGCGACUUCACGGAGCGAGCGAAGUACAUUCCGAUGCGUCUGACGCCGGAGGAGCGGAAGAAGCUUCGCUUGCUGGAGGCGGCUCUGCACGUGAGCGAGUACACCGACGUCGUGGACGUGUUUAGUUAUCGGUCAAAGACGCAGAGAAUCACGCGACAGCUCAAGGAAAUUUGCGCCAUCAUGUGUGGCUUAGUCGUCGCGAGCGAUUACCGCGCGGGGCAAAAGUUGAUCGUCGAUAAGGAGUUCAAGGAUAACGAGGCGUUUUUCCAGGACGUGUUCGAGAUCGGGCGAAGACACAAGGUUAUGAAUCCGGAGAAGAUGCGAAGCGAGUAUGGAAAGUUGAUUUUCUUGCUUCAAGACUCUCAGUCGGAGGAAGUGCAAGAGUUGCUCGGGUUCAAGCUCGUCAAGCCGUUGCAGACGGUGUUUGCGUUCUUGCAGAGCAGAGGCGGCGAGGCGAUGCUCGGUGACAGUCUCAUCGAGGCUGCGACGGCGGAAAUAAUGCACGAAGGCCUUCCUCGACACGAGGUUCAACGGAUGAUCAAGCGAAAAGAACGCGCUCGCGAGGUCGUCGCGAGCAAGUACUCGUCGUCCACGCUCGAUAAGGAAGACAUACUUCAGUGCCUGUACUCGAUCGCGGAUAACAACGCGUAUUUGAGGUUCAAUCGGGAUCCCGUCGAUAAAAUGCUCGGAUUGUUGAACAAGUACUUUGACCCGUCGGCGGCAGAGAAGGCGUACAGCUUGGGGAUCACCAUGGGCAUGGGCGGGGCGCGAUUGAGCCACAACCACCAGCGUCAAUUCACCUACUGCGCGCAAUCGAUGAUGCUCUGGCGUGAGGUCUUAAACGACAUGUUCCGACUCUGGUAUCUCGCCGAGAGUGAUUUGCUUUGCGAGCGCAACUAUUACUCGCUGACUAACACAGGUCAAGGAUUGAAUCGCGUGCAAUCGUGUCCUCGCGUCGGCAAAGCCAUGCACGGCGUGUUGGCCAAAUGUCAACGCGCUCUGGGCGGCUGGGUCGGGAGCUCCGUCGUGCACCUCGGCGACCACAACGUCCCGAACGCGCUCGUGUUCAUCGACAAAUACUCGCAAGUGAGUCGAAUUCUGAACCCGAUCGUUCUCGUCAUCGAUGAGCUACCGAACCUCGCUAAGGAUUCGGGUCUCAAGGCGUACAUCGAGGCCACGUUUGGGGGCAUCGAGGAGUGUCAAAAAGCGAUCUUGUGCGACUUUUUCAAGCACGCGUUCGACGGCAGCGGUUCCGACAACUUUUUCGACGCCGGAUCGUGCAUCGACGGUCGACUCACCUCGAGCUGGAACUGGUGCUCGAAGAUCGAGAAGAAGACGUACUACCCAAUCUUCAAGCUCGCUGGGUUCUCCGGAUUCGAUGGCGGCGAUUUUAGGUCGUGA